AUGUUUGGAGGAUUCGCGCCCCCGCAGCAGUCCCCGGAGGAGAUCCGCGCCAUGGAGGCCGAGGCGACCUUUACCGUCCAGCAGGUCGUCGCCACGGCCUUUAUGCUGUAUCUCUCUCCCUUUGCCAUUGACAUGGCCAGCCGAAUCCUUUGA